UGUUAGCUGGCGUGUCUCAGACCCGAACACGUACAAACUGAGUUUGCUUUGCAUGAAACGUUGAUUAGAAUUUUGUAACAUGUAGUUUGUCUCGAAUCGCGUUUUUAUUGUCUUAAAACAAUGGCUGAAGCGGUAACUUCAGCACAACGGGGACUUCUGGAAAUCAGUCCGGGGAGGAAAAUGGAUGCUAAUAAGGAGAACGACGUUCCAGUGUUGAGUCUGAUUCAGUUUUCAAAGCCACCUUUUGUGUCUUUCGGCUCUGUAAAGUUGGGCACCUCGAAGUCCGCUGUUUUGCAAAUUGAGAACCCGAUUGAGGAUGUGGAAGCGGAGGUUACAAUCGAAAAGAUCCCGUCAAAUAAAGGUUUUUCUGUGGAGCAGAACACGUUUACGAUCCAGCCUCUAAGCUCAUUCAGUUUGAGAAUAAGCUGGACCCCAACAGAAGAAGGUGGCAUCCGGGAGGUGAUCUCGUUCAAUGCCAAUGGAGUCCUUAAGCAUCAAGCUGUUCUGCUGGGGAGAGCAGAAACAACAAAAAAGAAAAAGAAGAGCUUAUGGGAUUCAAUCAAACACAAGAGAGGGAUGGAAAAAACACAAACGCCAUCAACGAGAACGGCGUGUCCACGGAAGAUGGCAGGAAACAAAACCUUCCAGGUGUCGCGGCAGUCGCAGUACAGGCGGGAACAGGUGCGCAGUCCGCUUACUUCACUCAACAAGGGCAACUGCGUCAUGAAGGAAAACAUCCUUCAACAUCGCUGCUUGGAACCAGCGGAGAAGAACACGUCGAAUCCGGGUCAAUGGUCCGUUGUCUUGUCGGAACAGGGGAAUGUUUCUCCAGAGAGGAAGAAGUCGCCCGUCGUUCUGCUUGUCCCGACUACAAAGGUCUUCCACUCUGGCCCUGAUGGCGUCACAGAAAAUCCUAAAAACAACGAACUGACUAAAUUGUUUGACAGGACACUGUCUCCAAUUGGCACGCCAGAGAUGUUCAAGAAACUGAUGCCUCGUAUUGAGUCCGGCAGCCCGCUUCCUGCUUCUGACGGCGACUCAACCGGAUCCUCUCUUCCAUCUUUGAAGGAUGCUCUGGUUCUGAUAGACUCUGACCUCGGGCAUCUUGACACCAGUCCAAGAAAUACAAGUUCCAGCUGCGAGUUUUCCGAUUCUCUGGAGUUUAAGAGCGAAAACACGCAGCCUCACGAGCCGAGACUCACGUUUUUCGUCAGCAAAAAGAUUGCUUCUAAGGUGGAGAAGGUUGUAGAAAAGGAAAAGGUGAAGUUUUCUUUCACAUCUGCCACUGUGACCAAAGGCAAAGCGUCUGUGGAGGCCAGCAGUCCUGGAGCGAGGAAAAUCAGGAAGUCACGCCGACGGCUACUGGAGAAAACGCUUGAACUCUCUGACGGUGGCAGCCAGAGCGACUCCGGUCAGGGAACUCCGAGCCUUCCCAUCAUAGAUGCUGAGACGGGAGCUGAACAGUGUGAUGCUGGACAUGAAUUCCUGGAUUUAACCUCCUCCAGCCCCAAUCAAAGGUCUUCCCCUCCAGACACGGCGCUGUCUCGGUUCUCUGCCACCUCUUCGCCGCUUCACACUCCUCCUGCUGCCAGCUCGUCGUCCUCGUCUGACUUGUCCCCAGCUGGUUCCGCUCAGGAAGACUUGUUCCCCGUCCAGUUAGCAGCGAAAAGCAAGAAGAGGAAGAGUGAAGAAUUCUCGAGAGCCGAUUCCACCAAAAGCGAAGACUCAGGAAAGCUGGAACGAGUGAAGAGGAGUCGGGUUGUGGUCAGGAAAAUUGAGCCGCCAGCGUUUGUCCAGAGCAGGAACGCAACUCAGCGGGAGAAAGUCACAAAUCUGACCCAGUCUGUGAGGACGGCAAAGUCUGCAGCUGCUUCCAAGGCUAAACGUUUGAGCGCCAAAGUCUCCACCAAAAGUGCGUCUCAGUCUAUGAAGAUCUCAAAGGUGGUUGCUGUAGCUCAGUCGAAGCUAACGUUCAUCAAGCCAAAACAGACAGCUUUGCCGAGACACCCGAUGCCGUUCGCAGCCAAGAACAUGUUCUACGACGAGCGCUGGGUCGAGAAGCAGGAGAGAGGAUUCACCUGGUGGCUCAACCACGUCCUGACCCCCGACGACUUCAAGGUCAACACCGAAGUGGCUAAAGUGAGCGCCGUCUCGCUCGCGCUGGGCGGCGAGGAUGACCUCAGCGUUCCCAAAGCGCCCACCAAGGAGGAGAUGUCCUUCAGCACCUACACGGCCAGGCGGAAGCUGAACCGCCUGCGCCGCGCCGCCUGCCAGCUCUUCACCUCGGAGGCCAUGGUCAAGGCCAUCCAGAGGCUGGAGCUGGAGGUGGAGGCCCGCCGCCUGCUGGUCCGCAAAGACCGCCACCUCUGGAAGGACGUGGGUGAACGUAAGAAAGUGCUGAACUGGCUGCUGUCAUACAAUCCGCUCUGGUUACGGAUCGGCCUGGAGACUAUUUUCGGGGAGCUGAUCUCCCUGGAGAGCAACAGCGACAUUUUGGGUCUGGCCAUGUUCGUCCUGCAGCGCCUCCUCUGGAACCCGGACAUCGCCGCGGCCUUCAGACACGCCCGCGUGCCUCACCUCUACAAAGAAGGCCAUGAGGAGGCGCUGUCCCGCUUCACGCUGAAGAAGCUUCUGCUGCUCGUCUGCUUCCUGGACAGAGCCAAACAAUCACGUCUGAUCGAACACGACCCGUGUCUGUUCUGCAUCGACGCGGAGUUCAAGGCGAGUAAGGACCUGCUGCUGGCCUUUUCCAGAGACUUCCUGAGCGGAGAGGGCAUCCUGCCGCGCCACCUGGCCUACCUGGGCCUCCCCGUCUGCCACGUCCAGACGCCGCUCGACGAGUUCGACUUCGCUGUGAAGAAUCUGGCUGUGGAUUUGAAAUGUGGCGUUCGCUUAGUACGCGUGAUGGAGCUUCUCGUUCAGGACUGGAGUCUCUCGGCGAAGCUGCGUCUGCCGGCCAUCAGCCGACUGCAGAAAGUUCACAACGUGGACGUGGCGCUGCAGCUGCUGCGAGGCAGAGGCAUCGACCUGCAGGACGACAGCGGCUCCGUCAUCGACUCCAGAGAUAUCGUUGACGGCCACAGAGAGAAAACGCUGAGCCUCCUGUGGAAAAUCAUCUUUGCCUUUCAGGUGGAGGUGAUCCUGGAUGAGGCUCAGCUCAGGGAGGAGGUCGACUUCCUGAAGCGAACUCUGAGGACCAAACGCAGACUGGCCCUGGUCCGGGCCGACCGGGCCGGUCAGCCGAGCCCGGCGAAGACCAGGCCGCCGUACCAACACACCAGUGCCAAGAUUACACUGCUGAUGGACUGGGUCUGCGCCGUGUGCGACUUCUACCACAUAAAGGUGGAGAACUUCACCGUGUCGUUCUCUGACGGCCGCGUCCUCUGCUACCUGCUGCACCACUACCACCCUGCUCUCCUUCAGGAAGCCUCCGUCUGCCAGCGAACCACGCAGACCCUGGAGUGCGCCACCAGGGGGCGCCUGGAGCUAAACUGCUCCGCCAGCGACUCUGACGGCUCCUUCGACUCGCCGCCAGCGGAAAUGGAUGCAGGACUGGGUUCUUCGUCUCCCAGCUUCAAAGAGCUGCUGGAAAACGAGAAGAACAACUUCAGACUGGUGAACGGCGCGGUGGCGUCGCUGGGCGGCGUGCCGGCCAUGAUCAACCCGGCUGACAUGUCCAACACCAUCCCCAACGAGAAGGUUGUGAUGUCAUACGUGUCGUUUCUUUGCGCCCGGCUCCUGGACCUGCGGAUCGAAACCAGAGCGGCUCGGCUCAUCCAGGCGGCCUGGAGGAAACACAAACUGAGGAAAGACCUUCGGCUCUUCCAGGAGCGAAACAAGGCGGCCCUUAAAAUCCAGGCGGCGGUUCGAGGUUUCCUCCUGAGGCGUCGAGCCGAGAGGCAGAAUCGCGCCGCCGCCGUGAUCCAGUCGGUCUGGAGACGUUAUGUAGCUCGGAACCGGCUGAAGAUCCAGAAAGAGGCUCAGCUUCGGGCUUUACAGCAUAAAGCAGCGACUGUCAUCCAGGCUCACUGGAGGAAGUUUUCGGCCUUGAGGGCUUAUCAGCGCCUCCAGUAUUACACCAUUAUAGUUCAGGCUCAGUGGCGAAUGAAGAGGGCCGCCAACGCUUAUGCAAGGAUCUUCUGGGCGGCCACAGUCCUUCAGAGAUGCGUCCGAGCUCGGGUCGCCUCCAAAAGAGACCGGCAGCGAUAUUUCCUGGUACGGAAAGCGGCGCUCAGCCUCCAGAGAGCGUUCAGGAAAUGGAAACAUCGGAAAAAUCUGGAGGAAAACCGUGCGGCCAGAGUUAUCCAAACUGCUUUUAGGAAAUUUACAAUGUUAAAGCUGCAGAACCGCUCCGCCACCGUCAUCCAGGCGGCCUUCAGAGGAUACGCCGUCAGAAAGAAGUUUGUGAGGAGGAGACGCGCCGCAGUGACGAUCCAGCUUAGAUUCCAGGCCUCUUUAAAGAGAGACUUUGACAGAGCGAGGUUUGUAAAGAUGAAACAUGCAGCUGUUUUGAUUCAGGCAGCCUACCGCGGAAAGGUGGCGAGAGAGUCGCUGAAGAGGCAGCACAGGUCAGCAGCGGUGAUCCAAGCUGCAUUUAGGAAACACGCUGCCCAAAAGAAAUACGGUCUGUUGAGAAAAGCUGCAGUUGUGAUUCAGCAGAGAUACAGAGCGACGGUUUUAGCUCAAAAGAUGAAGCAGGAAUAUGAAGCUCUUCGGAGUGCUGCGCUCAUUACCCAAGCUACAUGGAGAGGCAGAGCAGAGAGGAGCCGGAUUAAAAGUUUGCAUCACUGUGCAACUCUGAUACAAGCUCACUAUCGUCGGCAUAAAGCCCAAACGGACUACAGAUCCCUGAGAUCAGCAGCUCUAGUCAUACAACUUCGCUGUAAGGCGUUUUUACUGGGGAACAAGAUGAGGAACGAAUAUCUUGAGAAGAAAAUGGCAUGCAUCACACUCCAAGCUGCAUUCAGAGGUUUGAGAGUCAGGACAGAGCUGAGGGAGAAGCACCAGGCUGCAACAGUCAUUCAGUCUGCGGUUAGGAUGUUCUUAUGCAAGAAACAAUAUAUUCUCCUUCAAAGUGCAGCGAUCGUCAUCCAGAGCCGAUACCGAGCCGUUCUCCUCUGCAGAGAGCAGCAAAGCCAGUUCAGAAACAUGAAGCAGGCCAGCAUGAAGAUACAAGCUGCCUUCAGGGGGUUCGCAGCCAGAAAAGACUUGAAGAAGAGACACAAAGCAGCAGCAGCAGUCCAAGCUCAGUUCAGGAUGCACAGAGUUCGAAUGGCUUACCUGGCAACAAAGUGUGCAGCCGUUAUCAUUCAGGAUCGCUACCGAGCCAAAAUACUCCGUGAUGAGCAGAUGAGGAGAUACCGAGCAAUGAGACGAGCAGCCGUGGUCAUCCAAGCGGCGUUCCGCGGAUACAGAGCCAGGAAGACGAUAGUGGAGUUGCAUCAAGCAGCAGGAAUCAUCCAGAGGAGAUUUCUGACAAGCAGAGCCAGGAAGCGGUUCUUGGCAAUCAAGGCAGCCGUUUUGGCAUGUCAGCAGAGAUACAGAGCGGCCACUCUGGCAAGGAGACUCCACCUGGAGUACCGAUCGAAGCGCAGGGCAACGGUUUGCAUACAGGCUGCCUACAGAGGGUACGCUGUCAGGAAGCAGCUGCAGAUGGAGCAUAAAGCGGCUGUAAUCAUUCAGUCUCAGAUCAGGAGGUACCAGCAGAGAAGCUGCUACAAAAAGCUCCUCUGGGCUUGUAAAGUGUUGCAGGAGCGCUACAGAGCUGUUAAGCUAAUUAGGGCUAAGAAACGCGCCAUUGUUGUUUUGCAAGCCGCUUUCCGUGGGAUGAAAAUGCGGCAAAUCCUAAAACGAAGACAUGAAUCUGCCGGAGUCAUCCAGAGAGCUUUCAGGACUUACCAGGAACGUCAACACUACCUUUCCUUAAAAGUUCAUGUCGUUAAAGUCCAGCGCAGAUAUCGGGCUAAUGUUGCAGCUAAGGAGCAAAGAAAGCAAUACCAGCGCAUCCAGAGGGCGGCAAUCCUCCUUCAAGCGGCUUCAAAAGGAAAACGAGUCCGAGAAGAGGUUGCUCGCUGGCACCAAGCUGCAGUGAUGAUCCAGGCUGCAUUCAGAAAGCACAGAGCAAGAGUCAGGUUUCAGGCAAUGCGGCUGUCUGCCAUCAUCAUCCAGAGGCGCUACCGAGCUCUUCUUGUCCAAAGGAGAGACAGAGAAAGUUACCUGACAAUGAGGCGUUCUGCAGUUUGUUUCCAGGCUGCAUUCAGAGGACAUAAAGUGAGGAAGGAAGUUGCUCGUUUGAAUCGGGCUGCAACUCUGAUCCAGUCUGCAUUCAGGAAGCACAGAGAACAAGUCAAGUUUCAGGCGAUGCGGCUGUCGGCCAUCAUCAUCCAGAGGCGCUACAGAGCUCUUCUUCUCCAAAGGAAAUUCAGAGAAAGCUUCCUUAAAACAAAACGAGCUGUUGUCACUCUUCAAACUGCUUUCAGAGGAUUCCUCAUCCGGACUCGGAUGGCAAAGAUGCACAAGGCAGCUACUAUCAUCCAAUCAAACUUCAGAAGACACCAACAGUAUCUGGCCUUGGAGAGGCAACGCAGGGCAGCCUGCGUUCUGCAGCAGAGAUUUAGGGCCUAUAGGCAGAAACAACUGGAUGCAAAACAUUUCCAACGGGUCAGAAGAGCCACCAUCUUUCUACAGGCUGCGUAUCGAGGAAUGAAAUCUAGACAAAUAUUGAGGCAAAGGCUAGAGGCUGCAAGGGUGAUUCAGAGAGUUUACCGAGUCCACUGUGAACGCAAGCAGUUUGUGACCCUAAAGAAGUCGGUUGUGAAUGUUCAGCGCAGAUAUCGAGCUGCUGUUGCAGCCAAAGAGCAAAGAAAACAAUAUGAACAACUGAGAAGGGCAACAAUAAGCCUUCAAGCUGCAUACAGAGGACUUUAUGUCAGAAAGGAAGUCACUCGUUGGCAUCAGGCUGCCAGUUUGAUCCAGAGAGUUUACCGAGCUCACCGUGAACGCCGGGAAUAUCUGGCCUUCAAGACCUCAGUCAUCUUGGUUCAGCGCCGAUACCGAGCUGCUAUUGGAGCCAAAAGACAAAAACAACAAUAUGAACAAAUGAGAAGAGCGACGAUUGGUCUACAAGCAGCAUUCAGAGGAUUUCAAGUCAGAUUCAAAGUAGCUCAUUGGCAAAAGUCUGCAACUGUGAUCCAGUCUGCAUUCAGAAAGCACAGAGAGCGAGUCAAGUUCCAGGCUCUGCGUCUGGCAGCCAUCAUCAUCCAGAGACGCUAUCGAGCUCUUCUUCUACAACGGCGAGACAGAGAACGUUUUCUGAAUGUUAGACGCUCUGCUGUCAUCCUGCAGGCGGCCUUCAGAGGCCAUCAUGUCCGGAGCGAAGUGGCGAAGAUGCACAGAGCCGCUACCGUCAUUCAAGCUAACUUUAGGAGACACAGACAACAAACUGACUAUAAGAGACGAUGCUGGGCAGUGACUGUCAUACAGCAGAGGUUUAGAGCGCAGAAAUGUAAAGAACUUCAGGAAAAGCGUUACCAAGACGUUAGAGGAGCUGUCAUUGUUCUUCAGGCUGCAUAUCGAGGAAUGAAGUCCAGACAGAAUUUAAGGCAGAUGCAUCAGGCUGCAAGUGUAAUCCAGAGAGCUUACCGUACCAAGAGAGAACGCAAGGAGUACCUGGCCUUCAAGACCUCUGUUGUCUUGGUUCAGCGCCGAUACCGAGCCGUAGUGGCAGCAAGGCAACAAAGACGACAAUAUGAACAAAUGAGAAGAGCGACGAUUGGUCUACAAGCAGCAUUCAGAGGAUUUCAAGUCAGAAACAAAGUUGCUCAUUGGCAAAAGUCUGCAACUGUGAUCCAGUCUGCAUUCAGAAAGCACAGAGAGCGAGUCAAGUUCCAGGCUCUGCGUCUGGCAGCCAUCAUCAUCCAGAGACGCUAUCGAGCUCUUCUUCUACAACGGCGAGAAAGAGAACGUUUUCUGAAUGUUAGACGCUCUGCUGUCGUCCUGCAGGCGGCCUUCAGAGGCCAUCAUGUCCGGAGCGAAGUGGCAAAGAUGCACAGAGCCGCUACCGUCAUUCAAGCUAACUUUAGGAGACACAGACAACAAACUGACUAUAAGAGACGAUGCUGGGCAGUGACUGUCAUACAGCAGAGGUUUAGAGCGCAGAGAUGUAAAGAACUUCAGAAACGUUACCAAGACGUUAGAGGAGCUGUCAUUGUUCUUCAGGCUGCAUAUCGAGGAAUGAGGUCCAGACGAAAGAUCGGAAAAAGACGAGAGGCUGCAAGCGUCAUCCAGAGAGCCUUCAGGGCCCACCGUGAACGGCAGCGGUACCUGAAACUGAAAUCAUGUGCUCUCACAAUUCAGAGGAAAUAUCGAGCCACUAAAGAAGCCGAAGUGAUGAAGAACAGAUACUCGCUGAUGAGGAAGGCUGUCGUCACUCUUCAGAGAUGCUGCCGAGCCUGGAAGGAAAAACGACAGGUCCUGGAAGCAGCCCAGGCAGAGCAGAGACUCCAUUUCACGGCUGCGGUUUUCCAUCACCUCAGCGCCAUAAAGAUCCAACGAGCCCUGAGAGCCCACUGGGCUCUGGAAUCAGCAAAAAGACAGAUCCAGUCAGUCGUUACCAUACAGCGUUGGGUUAGAGCGAGGCUGCAGAGGAGACAAUAUCUGGAGGACAGGAGGAAGGUGGUGACGGUCCAGAGAGCGGUCAGGCGUUGGUUAGCGCGCCGCCACAAAGCCGCCGCCGUCAUCCAGGAAGUGGCCCGAAAAUUCCUCCUCGACAGGCGACAGAAGAGGGCUCAACGAGGAAUCAUCAAAGCUCAGGCUCUGUGGAGAGGACACCGCUCCCGCAUGCUGAGCGACAACCCUAAACUCGUCAAGCUGAGGCGCCGCUUGCGCGAAAUCUCUGCUGAAGUCCGAGAGGAAGACAAACUCUGCAACAAAACCUCUGCUGCGCUGGAGUAUCUCCUUCGAUACAAACACUUCUCCUUCAUCCUGGAGGCCCUGAAGAACCUCGAAGCCGCCACCAGGCUGUCGCCAGAGUGCUGCGAGCGGCUGGUGGGAAGUGGCGCCACCAGCGUCAUCUUCACACUGAUACGCAGCUGCAACCGGAGCGGACCCUGCAUGGAGGUCAUCACCUUCUCCGUCCAGAUCCUCCUCAACCUCUCCAAGUACCACCUGACCAUAGAGGCGGUGUAUUCGGUGGAAAACUCCCUGGAAACGCUGCUGGAUUUACUGCAGAAAUACCGGGAGAAAGCCGGGGACAAAGUGGCCGAAAAGGGCGGCAGCAUCUUCACCAAAGCCUGCUUCCUUCUCGCUCUGCUGCUGCAGGACGAGCGCCGCGCUCAGGAGGUGGCGAAGCUGCCUAAAGUUUCGGACCGGAUACGCAGCAUCUAUCGGCUCACCGCGCGGAAACACAAAAUGGACGAAGAGCGCAGCAUCACCAGGCAGAGAAUCAACGCCUCCAUCAACGGGAGCUUCUUUGUUCCGCCAACGCCGCGCAAAUCCAAACCGCCACCAAAGUUUGCACCGGAUUGGGUUCUGAGGAAGGACAAACUGAAAGACGUCGUCGAUCCCCUCCGGGCGAUCCAGAUGGUGGCGGAAACGCUCGCCAUCGUUUUAUAAACAGAAAACCUUCAGGAGUCUUUUUGUUUUCACAGAAAACCUCAUUUUCAAUUAUUUUUGUUUUGUUUUUUAAUCAAAUUAUUUGUUUGUAAAUACUAAAUUUGAUCUUUUUUGAUAAUAAAAUUGAUCUUGUUUAAUGGUUUUCCUUUUUUUAUCUUUUCUUUCUGUUUCAGAAAUCUAAAAAAAUUCCCAAAAACUGAUCUUUUCAAAUCUUCUUGCUCUUGCUGUCUGUAUCUUGUUUGUACAGGUUCUUUGUUUAUAAAAUUGCGUUUAAAUAAAAUGUAUUAACACUGAGUCAUCGACAUACGGUUGUAUAUGUACAGCUAAGAUCAUC